AUGAGGAUUGAACUUCGCAAACAACCUGGAAAAGCAAUAUCAGAUCCUAUUAGAAACUUGUUGACCAAGAUAAAUCAGUUGAUAGAGCAAACCCAUUGGAGGAGAAAGGGAUCAAUCGAUGAAAAGCUCCGGAAUAACUGGGAGACUGUUGAAAGCCAGCUUGUAAUGGUCAUGUCAGAAAUAUCAAGUAGGGACUCAUUGGAGACUGAGGAAAAUACCAAUAUGCUUGCUUCAAGAAUUGAACGCCCUUUACGUAUAUUCAGUGGUUUCCCUCAAGGUGGUUUGGUAGAGAUGGACUUCGAGGACAUAUUAUCUGAAACAAGCAUCAAGAUACCAUACAUGGAAAAAGUACCACGAUAUACAGCUUGGGUACAUUUGAUCAGAAAUCAGAGAAUGGCCCCAGAUCAGUCUGUUAUUGGGAAAAGGCAAAUAUACUAUGAUCAACAUGGAGGUGAAACGCUGAUAUGCAGUGACAGUGAUGAAGACGAACCUGCGGAAGAGGAACAUAAGUUCACUGAGGCUGAAGACGAAAUUCUGAGGAUGGCAUAUGAGGAACUUGGGUUGAUUGAGGAGGUAAUGAGCAUCGUUAGGCUGUUUGUUCUUGGUUCAGAAUCAGAGAUUAAGGAGAGGUAUGAAAAUCUCAAGGAGAAGAAUAUGAGGAGUCUAGAGCAGCAUUCUGAAGAUUCUGGAGGAUGUGAAUCUCUUACUGGCAUAUGUUUGGAGAAAAGCUUGAAUGAUGCUUUAGAUUUUUUCGAUAAUCUUUUUUGUCGCCAGUGCAUCCGGGUCUAUGACUGUCCUGUGCAUGGCUGUUCUCAACCUUUAAUAUAUCCUAGUGAAAAGCAGCCAAUUUGGUCCGAACCUGAAGGUGAGAGGGAACCAUGCAGUGAUCAGUGUUACCUUCUGUUGAAAGAAAAUUCAGCUCUAGGGUCUUCUCAGGAUAAAAAAAUUAAACCAAUGUUAGAGGUAGAAGGGAUAUUGACACCCUCCAGUUCAAAGGAGCCUGGUAAUCAUCAGAGUACCAAAGCUAACUGGCAGAAAGAAAGAUCCCGUUAUGUGACAGUACCUCUUACAACAGAAAUUUGUUCUCAUGGAGAUCCCAAUUCGGAUGUGCCUGUAUCAGAAAGUAUGGGGAAAAGGAAGGUCAUUAAUCCGUCAGACUCAGUACUGCAUGACUCAACAUUGCCUCCUGCUGAGUCUCUGAUGCCUCCCGAUGAGUCUCUCAGUUCUUGUAAAAAGCUGAAGAAAAUCUCAGAUGAUGUAGUUACCGCAAAUGGCAAUCACAACAAGGACCUAAAUUUGGAUGCUUGUGAUGAAGAAAAACGCACAAUUAAUUCUUCAUCUUUGACAAACCUUGCUGAACAUACUUCAAAUAAAUUGUUAGUUUCUGGUAGCAGCUGCCGUGGUGAGCAUGACAAGGGAGUUGAGGAUGGACGAAAAGAUCUCACAAAAGAGAUAGAAUUUGAGCAGCAUUCUAAUUCAACGGAAAUGCAAGUUGAUGAGAUGCCAAGUAUCUCAGAUUGGAAACUUCUGGAGAAAGACUUAUAUUUGAAGGGAGUAGAAAUGUUUGGGAGAAAUAGUUGCCUUAUAGCCCGGAACUUACUUUCUGGCAUGAAGACUUGCAUGGAAGUAGCUACAUAUAUGUGUGCUGGGGGAGAGUCAAUGGCCCACAAAUCCAUAGCAGGAUCAAUCAUGGACAAAAUUGAAAAGAUUAAUACAGAGAACACAGACCAAGAAGUGCCAUCAAGAUCACGGUUGCUGCGGAAAAGGGGCAAACCCAGGAAGUUCACAUCUUCUCGGAAGUCUGCCGGCCUCCCGUCUACAUGGAGAAUUGCUCAUGGAAAAAAUCUGGGUAACAAGCAGUAUACUCCAUGUGGGUGCCGUGGAAUGUGUGGAAAACAAUGUCCUUGUCUUCGUAACGGAACUUGCUGCGAAAAAUAUUGUGGGUGUUCAAAGAUCUGCAAGAACCGAUUCAGAGGAUGUCACUGUGUUAAAAGUCAAUGCAGAAGUCGACAAUGCCCAUGCUUUGCAGCCAACCGUGAAUGUGACCCAGAUGUCUGUCGAAAUUGUUGGGUUAGUUGCGGCGAUGGUUCAUUAGGGCAGCCAGCUCGACGUGGAGAUGGUCAAUGUGGAAACAUGAUGCUUCUUUUAAGACAAAAACAGAGGAUUCUUUGGGCAAAGUCUGAUGUUGCAGGAUGGGGAGCCUUCUCAAAGAACCCAGUUAACAAAAAUGAUUGCCUAGGAGAGUACACGGGUGAACUAAUCGGUCAGAAAGAAGCAGAGAAGCGAGGGAAACUAUAUGAUCGUGCAAAUUACUCAUUCCUUUUUAAUCUUAAUGAUCAGUACGUUCUUGAUGCUUAUCGCAUAGGAGACAAGUUGAAAUUUGCGAACCACUCAUCAAAACCCAACUGCUAUGCUAAGGUGAUGCUCGUUGCAGGGGAUCAUCGAGUUGGCAUAUUUGCCAAGGAGAACAUUAAAGCUGGUGAGGAGCUAUUCUAUGAUUAUUUUUAUGGUCCAGAUCAAUCACCGCCAUGGAUUCGUAAACUGAAAGCUGAGAAAGCCAAGAAAGAGGAAUCAGCAGCUUCUCAGAGCAAAGCAAAGAAACACCAGUCUCAUUGAUGAGCCAUAGCCAAGGACCAAGGUCCAGGACGUAUGGGCAUCCUAUAGUAUAACCAAGAGUAACUGUCAUGAGGAUACCAAUAUCAAACGCUAAUAUGUAUAAUAUUAUGGAUGAUGGAGUUGAAC